AUGAAUGGCCCACCCUUAGAAAAGAGCGAUCGGAAAAUUCGCCCAGAUAUUGCACGAGCAGUGGAGGAAUUGAAGGCCGCGGCAGAUGAGGAUCAGGACCCGGAUGCGAUGUUCCUGUUGGCUGAAAUGAGCUUCUAUGGCAACUUCACAUAUCCGCGUGACUUCGGCGAGGCUUUUCAGUGGUAUAGUGACCUGGCAUGGCUGAACGGGAACCACACAGCACAAUACAUGGUCGGAUUCAUGUAUGCGACAGGGAUUGGUGGUGCUGUUGAACCCGACCAAGCAAAGGCGCUGUUGUACCAUGAAUUCGCGGCGGAGGCGGGAAAUACACGGUCGGAAAUGACUCUGGCGUAUCGCUACCACACGGGUAUUGGAACGCCCAAAGACUGUGGUCACGCGAUUGUUUACUACAAAAAGGUGGCGGACAAGGCCAUCGACUACUAUCGGUCUGGUCCCCCUGGGGGCCAUGCCAUGAUCCGAAACUCCUAUCGCUGGGCUGAUGAGGAGGGUGGUGUCUACGGUGAAGGGGCUAGUGUAUCGAGCUCCGGGCACAAUGCGCGGGACGCUGCCCACUCCAGCACUGAUGCCAGCGUUGAAGAUGUCCUGGAGUACCUGGAUUUGUUAUCGCGGAAGGGUGAAUUGAAGGCCACAUUUACCCUGGGGAAGAUGAACUACGAAGGUGCACGGGGCCUGCCUCGCAAUUUCCGACGAGCCAUGAAGUAUUUUAAAGUGGUCGCUAAGCGAUACUGGAACAAAGACGGUGCCAUCAACCCCAAUCACCCUGCGGGACUCGACAAGCUGGCCGCCAAAGCGGCAGGUCAUAUUGGCGUCAUGUAUCUUCGCGGGGAAGGCGUGGAGCAAAGCUACGGCACAGCCUUAACCUGGUUCCGACGGGGCGUGGUGAACGGGGAUGCUCUCUGCCAGCAUGAAAUGGGAUUGAUGUACCUCCAUGGGUAUGGGGUGUCUCCGGAUGCGUACAAGGCCUCCUCUUAUUUCAAGGCGGCAUCCGAGCAAGAUCUUCCAGCGUCAGAAACACGGCUGGGCGCGCUGUUCUUGGACCAAGGUGAUGUGGCCACUGCGGCGCGUUACUUCGAUCUAGCGGCUCGCUGGGGGUGGAUGGAAGCAUACUAUUACCUGGCCGAGAUGGCGAACUUUGGGGUCGGGCGGCAACAGCACUGUGGUGUGGCCGCAGCGUACUACAAAAUGGUUGCCGAGAAGGCAGAGGUCAUCCAUUCGUCGAUUGCCGAGUCUAAUGCCGCCUUUGAGGCUGGCGACAAAGAAGGUGCUCUCAUCCCGGCCAUGAUGGCCGCGGAGCAAGGGUACGAGCACGCCCAGGCCAAUGUGGCCUAUAUCCUGGAUGAACAGCGCUCGUUGUUAUCAUUGAAUUCGCUUCUUCCCUGGGCCCGGAAGGCCCGCUCUGGUUUGCUCCGCAAUGCGGCGCUGGCGUUGAUCUACUGGACUCGGUCUGCAAAGCAAGCGAACAUCGACUCCCUGGUCAAGAUGGGCGACUAUUACCUGUCCGGUAUCGGCGCAAUUCUCGAUGCUGACAAGGCUUCUACUUGCUACCACAAUGCCGCGGAAGCUCAUCAUAGCGCUCAGGCGUACUGGAACCUGGGUUGGAUGCAUGAGAAUGGUGUGGCCGUGGCGCAGGACUUUUACAUGGCUAAGCGGUACUACGACCUGGCCCUUGAGACAAACACCGAGGCAUAUCUACCCGUGAAGCUCAGCUUGCUCAAACUUCGAAUUCGCGGAUACUGGAAUCGCAUCACCAACGGAAAUAUCAACCCGAUCCGUGAAGAGCAAGGUACGACACUCACUAUGAAUCUUGUUAUGUUUGGCCGUACACUAAAACACAGUACAGAGUCGAAACCCCGCCGCACCUUUCGGGAAUGGAUCACCGCCUUCAUCGAGAAUGACGAGGAGGGCUAUUACGACGAGAUGCAUGAGCGCCGGGGUGGAGAAGAGGACGAAUUUACUGGGUCGAGAGGCCUGGAGUCGGAGGAACAUCGUGACGAUGGCUAUUACGAUGAUCUUGAGUUUGAUAUCGACGAGGGCAUGCUGGAGGGCCUCCUUAUUGUCGGGCUGGCUGCUACGCUUCUCGUGCUCGUCUACAUUCGACAGCAGCAGCAGCAGCGCAACCGACAAAACGAGAACGCCAAUGCCGAGGGCAAUGGAAACGACCGCGGAUUCUUCCCUCGGCCAGGCGACCCUGGCUUUGGGCCGUGGGUCGCUGCAAGCGUCGUCGCCUCGACGCAGCCGCGACGCUCUCCAAACCAUUCAAGUCCCCGCUGCGCAGGCCCGCAGCCACCAAUACCCCAUCGACCCCCGACACAACCAAAGCACCACCCAAAGAGCCAGACACGAGCUCGAUUCCUUCAUCAACCAGCCCAGGGCCUACAUCAUCCCCCCAACCUGCCUCUCUCUGCCACCCGCGCCCGCAAGCCCGCCAGAACCAGCACCUUCUCGCCGCGAUCUCCACUCGCAGACCCCGAGAUCCUAGUCCUACAGAAACAGCAACGCGCACUGCAGUCGCGCAUUGCUGCACUCCGCUCCGAAGUCGACAACGCCCGUCAGGCCCUCCGCAUUGAGUCCUCGACGCGAGAUGCCGAGCUCGAGGCGCUGAUUAUCAAGUGGCGUGUCGUCAGCCAGGACGCGGCUGAUGAGGUUUUCGUGGGUGCCCGGGAGCGAGUUGCUCGCAUGGGUGGCAUGGCGACUUGGCGUGAACGCGCUAAGCAUGAUACCUUUCAAUGGGAUGAUGAAAUGGGAAAUCAGGGCAAUGCUGGCGAAGAAACGGAUUACCCGAAGUUUACGAUGGAGUUCAUGCUCAAGACUCUCAAUAUCGAACCGGUCACUAUCGGGUUCGACACGGCGGCUCAAAAGUGGAGUAGGGACUGA